AUGCCAAGAUUAAUCAAAUCCCCUGAAGACCAGACAGGGAUAUCUGGAGGAGUGGCAUCCUUUGUAUGCCAAGCAGUGGGUGAGCCCAAACCUCGUAUCACCUGGAUGAAGAAAGGAAAGAAAGUCAGUUCUCAGCGUUUUGAGGUGAUUGAGUUUGAUGAUGGCUCGGGUUCAGUGCUGCGUAUUCAGCCCCUGAGGACCCACCGGGACGAGGCCAUCUAUGAAUGCACAGCCGCCAACAGCGUUGGGGAGAUCAACACCAGUGCCAAGCUCACUGUUCUAGAGGAGGACCAGAUCCCACAUGGUUUCCCUACCAUAGACAUGGGCCCCCAGCUGAAAGUCGUGGAGAGGACUCGUACUGCCACCAUGCUGUGCGCCGCAAGUGGCAACCCUGAUCCAGAGAUCUCCUGGUUCAAAGAUUUCUUACCCGUGGACAUCAAUGGCAGCAAUGGGCGGAUAAAACAGCUCCGCUCAGGUGGUACACCAAUCAGAGGAGCACUACAAAUAGAGAACAGCGAGGAGUCGGACCAGGGCAAGUAUGAGUGCGUGGCGGUCAACAGCGCCGGGACCCGCUACUCGGCACCGGCGAACCUGUACGUGCGAGUUCGUCGUGUGCCUCCCCGUUUCUCAAUCCCGCCCACAAAUCACGAGGUGAUGCCGGGCGGCAGCGUCAACCUGACGUGCGUGGCAGUGGGUGCCCCCAUGCCUUAUGUGAAGUGGAUGAGUGGCAUGGUAGAGCUGACCAGGGAGGAGGAGAUGCCGAUUGGCCGAAACGUCCUGGAGCUCACUAACAUCCGCCAGUCUGCCAACUACACCUGCACAGCUAUGUCCUCCCUGGGCAUGAUUGAGACCACUGCCCAGAUUACUGUCAAAGCCCUGCCCAGGCCGCCCACUGCCCUCACCGUGACAGAGACCACCGCCACCAGCGUCACCCUGACCUGGGACUCAGGCAACCCAGAGCCCGUGUCCUACUACGUGAUUCAGUACCACGCCAAGCUGACAGAUAACGGCUUCCAAGAAGUAGAUGGAGUUGCUACCACUCGCUACAGCAUUGGCGGCCUCAGCCCCUUCUCUGAGUACGAGUUCCGGGUCAUGGCCGUCAACAACAUCGGCCGCGGCCAGCACAGCAGCAUUGUCAACACCCGCACCAGCGAGCAAGCCCCCUCCUCCCCUCCUCUGAACAUCCAGGCCCGUAUGCUGAGCUCCAGCACCAUGCUGGUCAUGUGGGAGCCUCCUGAGGAGCCCAACGGGCAGAUCUGGGGCUAUCGGGUGUACUACACUGCCGAUCACGAUGGCCCACUCAGUGCCUGGCAGAAACAUAUCACAGACGACAGCCGGCUGACCACCAUCUCAGGCUUAACCCCAGAUAUCACGUACAGCCUGAGGGUCCUGGGUUUUACUUCUGUGGGUGACGGUCCCCCAUCGGAUGUGCUGCAGGUGAAGACACAGCAGGGCGUUCCGUCCCAGCCAUCUGGCUUUGAAGCGGAGGCUGAACUAGACACACGCAUGAUGCUGUCAUGGCUGUGGCCCGUCCAGGAUGGCAUCAUAAAGUACGAGCUGGUGUACUGGGAUGCCAGUAAUGCUGAGGAAAAGCACCGCGUCACCUUUAACCCAGCAGGCUCCUACGCUGUAGACGAUCUGAAGCCAGAUACCCUCUACAUGUUCUCCCUGGCAGCACGGUCGGACAUGGGUUUGGGGGUCUUUACUCAGGCGAUAGCAGCCAGAACAGCCCAGUCUACCCCUUCAGCCCCUCCCCAGGAGGUAUGCUUGCUGAGCCUCAACUCCACCGGCAUUAGGGUGAGUUGGGUGGCACCCCCAGCCGACAGCCGCCACGGGGACAUAGUUGGCUACUCCCUGGCCUACAAAGCCCUCACAGGGGAGGAUAUGGAGUACCAUGAGGUGCCAGGACUUGGGGCCAGUGUGACCAGCUACGUGCUGGGGGGUCUGCAGAAGUGGACAGAGUAUGCAGUAUGGGUGAGGGCCCACACUGGCGUGGGGCCUGGCCCUCGGAGCCCUCCUGGUCACAUCAGAACCAAGGAAGAUGUGCCUGGAGCCCCGCCCAGGAAGGUGGAGGCCGAUGCUCUGAACUCCACGGCCCUGAGGGUGACCUGGAAGCCUCCCCUCUCUGUGAAGCAGCAUGGCCAAAUCAGAGGCUACCAGGUGGUGUACUCCCGGCUGGAGAAUGGGGAGCCCCACGGGCAGCCUGUCAUCAUGGAUAUAUCCCUUCCUGAAGCCCAGUGGCGUGACGAGGAUUCAGUGGACUACGAAGCCAUCAUAACGGGUCUGCUUCCAGAGACCACUUACUCUGUGACUGUGGCAGCCUAUACCACCAAGGGGGAUGGAGCACGCAGCAAAGCCAAGGUGUCCACCACAGCAGGAGCAGUGCCCAGCAAGCCCACCAUGAUGAUCAGCACAACAAUUGGGAACACUGCCCUGAUCCAGUGGCAGCCCCCGAAGGAAAUGGUGGGGCAGCAUGUGGGAUAUCAACUGCAAUACAAGAGAGCAGAGGAGGAGGCCUUUGCCGUCAAAGACUUCAAGCAGACAGAUGACCACUUCACUGUCACUGGCCUCCAUAAAGGUGCUGUCUACAUAUUCAAACUGUGUGCCAAAAAUCGUGCAGGCAACGGGGAGGAAUAUGUAAAGGAGAUCACUACACCAGAUGAUGUUCCCAGCAGUUACCCCCAGAAUCUGAGCGUAGUGGGCCUGACAACCACAUCCACCAAGCUGGCCUGGGAUCCACCUCCUCUGGCUGAAAGGAAUGGGAAGAUCGUCCUGUACGUCGUGGUGUACCGAGACAUCAAUAGCCAACAAAACAAAACCAACAGCACCACAGACACCCACAUGACCAUCCAGGGCUUACAGCCUGACACCACCUAUGACAUCCGGGUACGGGCUUUCACCAGCAAGGGUGGAGGACCUAUCAGCCCCAGUAUCCAAAGCAGGACCAUGUCCACAUCCAUGCCAGAAUUCACGAAAAACUUUGGUGUGAAAGCCGUGAUGAAAACCUCCGUCUUGUUGACUUGGGAAGUGCCAGAAACCUACACAUCUCAAGUGCCUUUUAAGAUCCUGUACAACCAGCAGAGUGUGGCGGUCCAGGGCCACCUGAGGAGGAAGCUGAUCACGCAGCUGCAGCCGGACACAGACUACUCCUUUGUGCUGAUGAGCCGGGGCAACAGCGCCGGCGGCCUCCAGCAGCAGGUGUCGAUCCACACGGCUCCCGACCUGCUUAAGACAAAACCUGCACGCUCUCAGCAUGACCCUGAGGAGGGGGGCAAGGUCACCAUCACCCUGCCCAGGGUCCCCACCAGCGUCCCAGUCAGGUGGUUCUACAUAGUUGUGGUCCCUGUGACCCCGGCUAAUCUGCAGAGGUGGGACAACCCUGAGGACAUGGACAUAGAUGAGCUGCUGGAAGCCAGCCACAUCAGCAGUCUACACAGGCGGCGGAGACAGAACCAGGACUUUCUGCAGCCGUACAUCACUGCCAAGCUGGACACCCUGCCUGACACCUUCACCGUGGGAGACCAGAGGAACUACAACGGCUACUACAACAGACCCCUGCCAGGGCAGCAGCAGUGCCGGUGCUUCCUUCUGGCUGACCUGAAAGACCCGGAGUCUCAAAGGAUGUUUGCGGCCAGUCCAUACUCAGACCCCAUCAUCGUUAAAUUCCACAGCGGCAUGGCUCAGCACACCGAAGACCCAGAGAUGCUUUGGGUCAUGGGUCCAGUGUUGGCUGUGGUCCUCAUCAUCAUCAUCGUCAUUGCUAUUUUGCUCUUUAAGAGGAAACGAGCGUCUCCCUCGGCGAAGGACGAGCACAUGGCCGGGGUGAAGGACUCCCUGCUGGCCCACUCCUCAGACCCCGUGGAGAUGAGACGACUCAACAACCAGACACAAGGGAUGAGGGAGCACCCUCUCAUCGCUACCUGUGACCUGGCAGACCACAUGGAGCAGCUCAGGGCCAACGAUGGCCUGCACUUCUCUCAGCAGUACGAGUCUAUUGAUCCAGGACAACAGUUUACAUGGGAGCACUCCAACCUGGAGGUCAAUAAGCCAAAGAACCGCUAUGCAAACGUUAUUGCCUACGAUCACUCCAGGGUCGUCCUCACUCCUGUAGAGGGAGUGCCUGGUAGUGACUACAUCAACGCCAACUACAUUGACGGCUACAGGAAGCAGAACGCCUACAUCGCCACGCAGGGGCCUCUGCCGGAGACACUGAGCGACUUCUGGAGAAUGGUGUGGGAACAGAGAACCAGCACCAUCGUAAUGAUGACCCGUCUAGAGGAGAAGUCGCGGGUAAAGUGUGACCAGUACUGGCCCAGUCGAGGCACAGAGACGUACGGGAUGAUCCAGGUGACCAUGUUAGACACUGUAGAACUGGCUACCUACAGCGUGCGCACCUUUGCCCUCUACAAGAAUGGUUCUAGUGAGAAGAGAGAGGUUAGGCAGUUCCAGUUCAUGGCCUGGCCAGACCAUGGAGUCCCCGAGUACCCCACCCCCACCUUGGCCUUUCUACGCAGAAUCAAGGCCUGUAACCCCCCAGACGCAGGACCUUUAGUGGUCCACUGCAGUGCUGGUGUUGGCCGGACGGGCUGCUUCAUUGUGAUUGAAGCCAUGCUAGAGAGGAUGAAACAUGAGAAGUCGGUGGACAUUUAUGGCCAUGUGACAUGCAUGAGAGCCCAGAGGAACUACAUGGUUCAGACGGAGGACCAGUACGUCUUCAUACACGAGGCGCUGCUGGAGGCGGCAAGCUGCGGUCUCACCGAGGUCCCUGCCCGCAACCUGUACGCUCACAUCCAGAAACUCACCCAGGUCGCUCCUGGAGACACCGUCACUGCCAUGGAACUGGAGUUCAAGAAACUGGCCAGCUCUAAAGCUCAUACCUCAAGAUUCAUCAGUGCCAACCUGCCCUGCAACAAGUUCAAGAACCGGCUGGUGAACAUCAUGCCUUUCGAGUCCACCCGUGUCUGUCUGCAGCCCAUCAGAGGGGUUGAAGGCUCCGACUACAUAAACGCUAGCUUCAUCGAUGGGUACAGGCAGCAAAAAGCAUACCUGUCCACCCAGGGUCCGCUAGCUGAGACCACGGAGGACUUCUGGAGGAUGCUCUGGGAGCAUAACUCCACCAUCGUAGUCAUGCUCACCAAACUACGCGAGAUGGGACGGGAAAAGUGUCACCAAUACUGGCCUGCUGAGCGCUCGGCACGGUACCAGUACUUUGUCGUGGACCCGAUGGCGGAGUAUAACAUGCCUCAGUAUAUCCUGAGAGAGUUCAAGGUCACAGAUGCCAGGGAUGGCCAGUCAAGGACCAUCAGGCAGUUUCAGUUUACUGACUGGCCGGAGCAAGGCGUGCCAAAAACUGGGGAGGGCUUUAUCGACUUUAUUGGCCAGGUCCAUAAAACCAAGGAGCAGUUUGGGCAGGAUGGACCAAUCACUGUGCACUGCAGUGCCGGUGUUGGGCGGACCGGUGUGUUCAUCACCUUGAGCAUCGUGCUGGAGAGGAUGAGGUAUGAGGGUGUGGUGGACCUCUUCCAGACCGUAAAGACACUCAGAACGCAGAGGUCCGCCAUGGUGCAGACAGAGGACCAGUACCAGCUGUGCUACAGGGCGGCACUGGAGUACCUGGGCAGCUUUGACCACUAUGCAACAUAA